AAACAACUACUUUAUGUGGUGGAGGUAGACAAGAUUUUUAUUGUAUCAUCGUUUCUGUAUCAGCAACGUCGGCGUUUUAACAUUUAUCGUAUACAUAUAUUAUUUAAUUUAUUAUUGUGAACAGUAAGGAUUCGAUGGAGAGAGUCAAAAUAAACGAGAACGACCUCAAAUACUGUGCAGACAGGCUGAACGAGAGUCCAGAAAAAUUGGAAUUGUACUUGGCACAGAUGAGGGAUUUUUUGAAAGGGAAAGAAGAACUUCGGGCAAAAACAGAUGAUUACAAUUUGAUACGGUUUUUAAGAGCUGCAAAAUACGACAUAGAAAAGGCAAAGAAAAAGAUUAGCUGUUAUUACAAGUUUCGAAAUGAAUGUGACGCUUGGUUUAAAGAUCGAAACCCAAAUCUAAACGAUAUAAGUGCUUUACUUGAAAUUGGACUAUUCCUGCCUGUAUUACAGAGAGACAGCAAAGGGAGAUGUAUAAUAAUUGUAAGAUCUGUCAAACACGAUCCAAAAGUUCACUCAAUUGAUAGUGUUUUUAAGGUUGGGUUUAUGGUUUUGGAUCUAUUAUUCGAUAAAUUUGAAGAUACGUCAGUUUAUGGCGUCAAAGUUAUUUUUGAUUUGGACGGAGUCUGUUUGGGCCAUGCUCAACAACUAUCCAUAUCUAUAAUAAAAAGAGCUGUUCAUUCAUGGCAGGAAUGCUAUCCAGUGAGAGUUAAAUCCCUAGAUUGGGUCAAUACUCCAACAUACAUUAAUGUUGUCUUGAACAUUUUUAGGAGUUUCAUGAAUCAAAAGUUAAAGAAAAGGGUUUAUGUUCAUGGAAAAGAUACAAGCAAGUUAUACGAACGUUUUGAAAGAGGUAUUCUUCCAGAGGAGUAUGGUGGAGAAGGUGGGAAGCUUGAUGCCUUGAUAGCCUUUUGGAGAGAUGCAGUCAUGAACAACAAAGAUUGGUACAGCACAUCAUAGUAAAGCUUUUCAGACUUGCUAUUUUCAGAUUAUUUAAACAAUGCAUUUAUACAGUAGUAUAUUUCAAUUAAACUUAUCAUUAAAGGAAAAUGUAC